GUUCAGCGCUUAACCUUCCCCUCCCCCGGCCCUUUCCCGUGCCACUCACGUUCUUAUGGAUUCCCAUCAUCAGUCGUUUCAGUCAUUUCUCUUUUCAGAGCUGAAGCGUAUCAGUCUGUCCCGUUGUUCCUGUGAAGGGAUCUCCCGUAGCUAUGAUCAGCCUCGUUCCCUCGCUCUAUGGUUUCCCGUUCUGCUUUCAGACUUUGAAAUGUUACCUGUAACGUUUGAGGUGCAGAUUCAACAUGAAGAUCCUUCUGGUGAUCCAUCGCAACAGGAAGCUAAACAGAGGGAAGCAGAGAUAAGAAAUACUAUUUUAGCUCAAGUUCUUGAUCAAGCAGCUCGUGCAAGAUUAAGCAAUUUAGCACUUGUGAAACCAGACAAAGCAAAAGCAGUAGAGAAUUAUCUUAUACAGAUGGCAAGAUUUGGACAGCUAGCCGGAAAGGUAUCAGAACAAGGUUUGAUAGAAAUACUUGAAAAAGUGAGUCAGCAAACAGAAAAGAAAACAACAGUAAAGUUCAACAGAAGGAAAGUAUUGGAUUCUGAUGAAGAGGAUGAUUAUUAAUACUACUGUAAGACUGUCUGCCAAACAAAAGGCCUGGAAAAAGGCAAGAUGCUGUUAUCAGGCAGAAUGCAAGAUCUGAAAAUGUUUACGCUUCUUUACUUUUUUUUUUUAUAAAAAGGCCAACAAAUGAACUUGUCUUGUAAAACAAAUCUGAGAAGGGGAUUUUGUAAUUUAACACUUUUGUAGUAUAAGAGGCCCAAGCAGCAUGGGGUUCCCCACUGCUUCGUUAGCAUGAACAUUUUGUUGCCCCUUACUCAUUGUGUAAGCUGUGCUUUCAGCAACUGCACACACUUAACUUGCUGCUAUUGGAGAUACCAUAACAUGAGGAGGAGCUAACUAUAAAGCUGGGAACAGUCCCUCCCCUCUAGGAGUUUGAAGACUUACCUCCAGGCGCUAAAUCACAGAAGCGUUAGAAACGAGAUUUCCUGAGCCCCUGAAGAAAGCCUACCCAGCAGCUCACUGGCUCUCAAGUCCUUACUGGAAAUUUAUAAAGUGAAGUGAAGGUAUCAAAGUAGUGUUUGGAUCAGAGGACUUCAUAUCAGGCAGUCUGUGUAACCAGCAUACAGUUGAACUGUUCCCCUAUGAAAUAAUCAAGUUGUCUCAAAAAAAGCAAGUUAACUGUGUAACAUAGCACUGUUCAGACACUUCGUAUCAUAUGUUCUUAAAACUACCUCCAUUUUUAUCAAAUGGCUGGAGUGUUUCUUACUUUGAAAAAAAAGACUGUUUUCCUAAACUUUCGGCAACUCCUGCAUGCAUAAAGUAAAACUGAACUUGUGCUAUACAUUUAUUCAAAAAUAUGGUUAUGGAAAUAUGUUGGAUAAAUACUGUAACAUGCCAAUAAACGCUCUACCACCACAAAACCCUUUUCUGACAUAAUUUAACAGGAACAUGUAUGAUCCCAACUGCAGUGGUUUUUGGAACAGAAUAAAAUUGUUUAAAGUGAGCGUUAGUGAGUGUUCUUCAUCUUGUGUGAAUGUGGUUAAAAAGUAUUUAAACAGUUGUUAUUUUUGUUUCACUUGGACUAGACUGGGUAUUUUGCUUGUCUAUGUUUGUUAUUAGGAUUCUUUAACUUCAGUAAUAUCAUGGAUGUAUGCUAAUUUCUUUAGACUAAGGACCCUUUACUAGCGUGAAGAGUUUCAAGCCAAGGUGUGGUGAUAGAUGGUUUAAAAGUUUUCCCGUUAGGGCUACAGGUAUAUCCUAAGCAUCCAUGUUUCACAUUCCCAUUCCUAAAUUCAUCAGAUUGUACUUGUAACAACAUAAGUUUAUUGCCUUCCUGUUUUAAAAUGGCUGUUCCCAAAUCUCAGUUGUCAAAAUGAAGUAACACUUUGGAUUUAUUUUAACUUGCAACCUUUUGGAGAUUAAACUGGACUGUACAGUAACAUGCUUUGCACACAAAUGGUAAGUGUCAUGAAGCUGACUUCAGUCUGUUUGCACUAUUAAGGGAUUUUUUUAAUUACAAGCUUGGUUAAGCACGUCAAAGGAAACUUGCAACCUAUUCCAUUUACCUAAAUAAUUUGUUAGUCAUUCGUUACCUUUCUAUCAUCUAGAUUAUAGUGGAGCUGUUUGGCAUUGAAGUGCUUUUAUUAAAACACAGUACACAUCCAAAAUGCCUGGGAAUAAGCUUUACCCUAGACUGAACACUGAAUAAAACUGAAGUGUGGCUCGGUCACUUAAGUAGCCUCAGGUUCACAAGGACAACUGUUCCGAUGCUGUAAUAGAAUAGAAAACUCAGAUUAACGAAUUAAUACUUUUUCU